GAUGAGGUAGAUCGGACGCCGCUGUUAUACGCUGCUGAGAACGGGCACGAGGCCGUUGUCAAGCUACUGCUCGAGUACCAAGCCGUAGCCGACUCGAGGGAUAAGUGGGGUCGGACGCCGCUGUUAUACGCUGCUGGAAACGGGCACGAGGCCGUCGUCAAGCUACUGCUCGAGCACCAAGCCGUAGCCGACUCGAGGGAUAAGUGGGAUCGGACGCCGCUAUCGCGCGCUGCUGGAAACGGGCACGAGGCCGUCGUUAAGCUAUUGCUCGAGAGUAUUAAUUAA